AUGCAUAGUGGAAUUAAUUAUGAAGAAGGCAAAACUUGGCCCGAACUUGUUGGAGCUAACAGUCAACAAGCUGUUGAAUUACUUCUUCGACAAGGUUAUGAACCAAUAGUAAUAAAAGAAGAUGAUGAUCGUCAAUCAACAGCUAAUAAUAUGAAUUUAAAACGAGUUUAUUUAUUCGUCGAUGAACAUAAUAGAAUUUCAAGAGAACCAAUUAAUGGGUAA